AAAUAAGACACACACGCUUUUAUUAAAAUUUUGAAUCAUGAGAUCUAUUACUUUGUCUAUACUUUUAUGUUUACUUAUGUUGCUCGUUACGAACAAUGUUAAAGGAAGGGAAGUAAGAAGAAAUUGUCCAUAUAAGCUGAUGAACCCUGGAAAAUGUGGGGCUAACAAAGUUCAGUUUUGUUUGGAUGAAUUUAAAAGGACUACAUAUUUUCCAGAGAACCAAAAGAAUGGUUCUCGUUGCAGGCCGUGUAAGGACACCAGGUUUUGUGUAUUCUCAUGUUCCUUGUGUUAAACAAUGUUAAAGUAGAUGUGAAAGCACAACGACGGAAACCUCUGUGUAAAAUGACUGGUCUUCUAACCCCUGGAAAAUGUCCCAUAACUAUCCAUGAUGCAAGCAACUUGUGUAAUCGCCAAUUGGCGUCGCCUGAUAGGACAUUUAAGCGUUGCGACUGUCAAAACACUAUUAAAUGGCGAGGGAAAGACCACUAUCAAUGCACAUGUUAUCUGAGACUCCCUUGCAACGAAUAGUUCAAAUACCAAAAUGCACUUUCUCAAAAUAAGAGAUAAGGACCGUGAGCAUUUGUAUGUUAUAUGAUUGACAAUAUAUAUCAAUCCAUUUGGUUAUUUCUUUUAUUUUCAAAUUUAGUUACUUGAAUAUAAUGAAUAGUUAUGA